CUUCGUCUCUCGAUUUUCUCGGUCCUGGCACUCGCGGUGGCUUUCCCUGUCGCGUCCUUUCACUCGGUGGUUGUUACGUCCCCGAAAAUACCCCGACAACGGAAUAACCUUAAAAGAUACGCGCGGCUCGUAGUGCGUCCAGAGGCAUCGGCGUUCGCCGAUUCUCUCGCGGAUGGGAUAACAAUCGACGAUCGUCAGAUCUCGAAUAUCGUUCGAUGAUCCACCGCGACUUCUCGAUUCGCGGUGUGUUUACCAGUUUGGUGGAUGUUAGUACAGUGAGUCACGGUGUCUCGUGUGGUCUCGUCAUUCGCACGUACCAGUGAAUUUUCUCGAAUAUACCGAAAGGCAACACGAAAACGCUUGGAAAAGAAUGGUACGAGGGACAGAGGCAGAAGCAGAAGCUGAAGCUGCCAGCCGCGAAUUGGGUUACGUCCCGUUCGCCUGGCAACGAUAUAUGACGCAACGGCCACCCUUCGCGAGUACCGACAAUCCUCGUAAUCUUUGCGUGCGGCUUUAACUGCGACAGGACACUGUCGUUGAAUCGAGUCGAGUGCAACCAACACGAAAAGAAAACUCGAGGUACGUUCCAUGCGAUCACCUCUAUCCCCGCCCCUUUGCUCGCGACCACUCGAUUGCGCAGCCAGUUUUGGAGGUUAGCCGAUCACGAUUGAGAAACCUCAACGAAAGCGACACCCACCGAGCGAGCCAGCCGGAUCAGCUGUUUCCCAGGGCGACCUUUCAACGACUACCCUAGGUAGCCCAAAUGCCAGUCCAGCACGCGAGCCUUCUGAAAAGCACCGUCUCGAGAGCUCCUUGGUACGAGCGUGAACGGAGGCAAGACGAUGUUGUCGUACAUGCUACCAACGGACGACAAGCCGCCACCAGGAGACACGAAUCAGGCCAACUAUCGCGCUAGUAAGCUACAGAAGAGUCCGAGAGAACGUCCUCCGUUGGCCUCGAAGCCGGCAAUAGCCGUUUCCCCGAGGAAUUACUCCGACACGGCCAGAACGAUGAUCGUCUCGACGAAAAUCGAGGAGCAUGCCGGCGAUCAGCAGCCGGGGCUCCCGCCGAUCGAAAGCCCAAAGCACAACGGUACCGUGACGAAGAAGUCGACGUUGCACACGUCGAAAGUCACCAAAGACGACAGUCUGUACAGCAUCAACAGCGACACCAGCACGGUCGGAAGCGAUCGAAAGAACAAAAUUUUCAACGGAGCGAAGCACACUAGUCUAAAAAGAGUCUCCUUUGGUUCGAGCAAAGGAUCGAUGGUAGAAACUUUGGUGUACGAAACUCCCGUUCAAGAGGAGCCAGAGAUCAAUUGUUUCCUGGACCACAACGGGCGCUUACCCCCUCUGAUCGCGUCAGUACCCGAUACCGACGAAGGUAGGGAAAUGGUACGCGUGUCGUUGCUUGGUCCACAACCUUCACCGACAACACCCGGCGUAUUUCAGGUCCAGUCAAUCGCGAUAUCGAGGACUCAACCGAUCGACAUGGACACCGUUCCGGCCGAACUCCUGACCACCCACACCGAACACACGGCUCCCGCCUAUCACACGCAAAUCAGCACGGACAGCGGCUGGGAUAAUCCGUUCAGACCGGACGGCGACCUUUCGAGGGAGGCCGACGAGAUAGUGGAAUUGAUAAAAGGUGGAAAACCCAUCACCCCGACCCCUGGCCAAACCGCUCCACCGUUGCCAGGAUGCGAGACUGGCGGGAACGCGCAGACCGCGAUCGACCACGAUUCCAGUUCCAGCCCCUUGCUGAAGUCUUCGGCGAAUUCUACCAACCGACACGCGAACACGUCGCCGAAGCCUGGUCAGGAGAAUGGAAAGGCCCACAGCACUCCGAUUAAAUCUGGAACCGCCAACAGUCAACAGCCUGUGAACGAUAAGGUUGCCGCGGCAUCGAGGGCAGCGACCGUGGAGGUGGCCAGAAUGACGGCGCAGGGACCAGGCGACGCUUCGCAGGUCGAACACGUCACCUUGAAGAAGAAGCCUAAAUGCAAAUGUUGUGUUCUGCAGUAAUGGACGCGAACCGAGCACGGAUGUCUCAGCAACCGGACGACGAUUAUUCUCCGUCGUCGAGGACGCGUCGCGGCGAUAUCGUUGAACGACGCGUUCUCCGUUCGCGUUUCUCGAAUGGGUCGUUAGGUCGCUACCAGCGCCGUGGAAAACGACGGAAAUCCUCCCAUCGCGUGUAUCUUCUGCCAGGGACGAGUUUCCUGAAAAAACGAGGAAACGCGGCUACCAGAUGAAAGCGUAGCGCGACAGGACAGAGUCGGUAAUCGCGUGUCCCCUCUUCGAAAGACAAGUUUGAUUUUUCGGCUCGAAAGAUGAACGUUGAUAGACCGAAAACUCGAAUCAUUUCACCGGGGAACGUUUACGAACGAAUCGACGCCGACCGGGGGAAGCUACCUGACCGCGCGUAAACCACCGAGCCUCUUCGAUAGACUUUCAGAGACAGUGAAGUGUCCAUAAAGUAAAUAGACUAUGAAAGAAGAGAAUGGGUAAGAAAAAAAAUUAUAUAUAUUAUACAUAAAACUAUAUUGUAGAUACAGAAAUGGUAGUUGUAUAGCUUAUAUGCUUUUACUAUUGUGGUUAAUUACUGUCAAAAAUCAUCGUAAUUUCAAGAACGUAUAAACGACGACGAACGCGAGCGUGAAAGGAAAAAAGAAAUAUAUAGGUUCGCGAUCGCACGGAAUGAUGUUUAAACUUUGAUCGGGUUUACCGAGAAAGCUAUUAAUUAUACUUCGUUGGACAUCGAUAUACUACUAUAUAUAUAUAUAUAUAGAUAUAUAUAUAUAAAUUCAUAAAUUCUCGUUUUUACUCAAAACUCCAAACCUCUUCUAUAUAGACGACUUUUACGGAAAAUUUUGUAACAUCGCGUAGAGACGUGCGCUAAUCAAAAGGUACUACCGCGAUCGUGAAGAGCGACUAUAAAUGUAAAAAUGAGGGAGAAAAAGAGACGAGAAACCGCGGCGUAUUUUUUUCUUUUCUUGCCGCGACACGAGCAUCAUCGGGAACGCAUGUUUUUUCUCGAUGACGAUGUCUUUCCUCGUAAUCGCUUCACUUCGACACGAAUCCUUUACGUUGCCGUUAUUUUGUACGCCUCGCAUUAAACAUGAAACGCAAACGUAUCGAAGAAGAAAAGCUGUGCUACGAUAGUUGCGCGCGAGUAACUAUUCAGGAUCGUCGUACGAAAUGUGUAAAUAUCGCGAUAUUUUUUGAAAUGUGUGCAUGCGAGACUGUCGGCGAUCCCUGAGGAGCACGAGAAUUCGACGAGGAAAGCAGUUGCGAGCGAGAUUGCUGUUAGAGCACAAAGUAAACGCGUCGAGUACGGAGAAAGAAAAAUGUAUACGUAUCGCUUGUCGAGGAAAACGGAGCAAUACGGGUAAUUGCACCACGAGCGAGUAUAGUUUGAUCUUUAACGCGUUAACCCUUUGAGCAUAAACGAAAAGUCUAACCGUUGAUCCACAAUUGAACUAUGCUUAUUCACGGUACGAUUACUUCUGAAGAUGAAGAAUGCGCGAGAUCGAUCGUUCAGCGAUUUCUUUUUGGUAGACGUUUUGAUUUUCAGUGUCCGUAAUCAAUUAUUUAUUGUUUUUAUCGAAUAUGUAUUUCGUUUCCACGUGUCCUUUCGCUGCUUUCAACCCGUUUUUAUUGUAUUUAACUGUAUGCAUGAACGUGUACGUACGCUUCGAUGGAUCUUGUCGAACUAUGUUUGUAUAGACGCGAUCGAAGAAUGCGAGUAAACGCGUUUACGACACGUCCAGCGCGGACGUUGAUGUUCGUCGUUGGGGAAACCGUUGAUCGGUUCCACGCGUAAUUAUUAUAUGUGUAAGAAAGUUGAACCGCGUGUUUCCGCUAUGCGAAACGGAACUGCUUGUUGUAUACGCGCUGAAAGAGGAACAUCAAAGAAUAAGCAGGAAAUUGUCUUUCUUUCUUUUCCAGUAUUUACCUAUGAUUGAUUUUAAUAGAUUUCGAUCCCAAUAAAGAAUAAUCGUGUCUCGUGGAAGAAAUUCUAUCAGGUUACGUAUGAAAUGAUUUCUUUAAUCAGACUCGUUUAAUUCGAAGACAUCAAAUUUAACGUUAUUCGUGCUAGUCGACGACUACGCGCGACGUGGAACAGAGGUAUAACGCGUCGUCGCAUCGAGCGGUGCUUGUUUCGCGUUUGGCUGUACCGUAUGAUGUAUGGUUGCGUAUCUGGCUGAGCGAGUGCCUGCCUGUAUUUUUUAAUACACAUAUCCGCGUAUUUUCCUAGAUCGCCCGGGCCAAAAAAUAUUUAUGAAACGCUGCGAUACAUUAGUGGUGACGGAACGAGUGUAGUAGGAGUGGAAGUUAAUGCAAGAACGACAGAAGAUGAAUAUAAGAAGAUUUCCUUUAUUUUCAAUUCAUUGUACGCAGUUGCAAUGUAUGUACGGUACAGAGUGUAAUAUAAAAUUGUAAGUAAUAGGAGA